AUGGACAGUAUUAUUGACAAUAUUCAAGGAGAAAUAAACAAGUCGCAAGGAGAAACUGGCGAACCAAUAAGAAAAAAGGCACGAAUUGAAGAGAACAGCAGAAAACGCGAAGCCUUAGAAAUAUGCGAUGCCGUUUUAUUGCAAAUAAAAACAAGGUUCAACUUCUCUAGGCAUUUGGUCGCUUCUAAUUUAUUUAUGUCGGAGAAGUUUUCGGUCUAUAGGCAUCAGUUUCCCGAAUCAUUCCUCAAUGAAACAUGUAUACAAUUUUCAUUUUUAGACCAAAAUAUGCUUAAAAAUGAAUUACAAGUACUGUAUCAGAGAGACGAAUUAAGUACCACCUCCGGAGCUGUCCCGCUGUCAAUUUUAUUAAAUGAGGAAGGUUUAAUUUGUACAUUUCAGGAAACUCUUAAACUUUUAGGUAUUUUGAUAACAAUACCUAUGUCAACAUCUGAAGCAGAGUGCUGUUUUUCAAUGCUUAAACGGUUUAAAACAUUCAAUGAAGGAAGAAAGACUUAG